AUGAUGCGGAUACCGGGUGUACAGUUGCCUUUACGGCUUCGUCCGAGCUUUGCGAGCUCGAGAUCGAUAUUGCCUAGGUCAUGGCAGCGCCAGGCUCCCGUUACCAGGCGCUUCCAUCGCCCUGCGUGCCUCCGUGAGCAGGAUGCUUCCGCCAAGCUUCCCAGUUUCUUGGAGGCAUACAAGAAAGCUGUGGAAUUCCCUCCUGCCACCCAUGACUUCGAAACCUUUCUCUCGCAGGCCGAGCCCAACACCGAAGUCGUCCUACAUGGCUACCUCGGCCAGCGCGCAGAUCUCUCCAAGAAGCUAUCCUUCGUCCGUCUCACGGAUCCCACCAUGAAACACAGUCUACAGGUAGUAGGCUUCGCCAAGAAUGACGCAUUUGAAAAGCUCAAGACUAUCAACGCCAACAGCCCCGUCGCUGUGCGAGGAACAGUGCAACAAAAAAAGAAAAAGGCAUCCGAAGGCGAGGGUAAACCUGAAGAUUCAUGGGAAUUGGCAUUGGAGGAUAUCCAUCUGCUCAAUGACUUCCCCAAGGACAUCAUCAUGACUCCCGAGACGGUGUUUGCGCCGGAACAGCGAUACCUCCAGCUUCGAUCCGAUGCUGAGCUACGUGAAGCGCUGCGGUUCCGUGCAGAGGUCCGGAAUAUCUGCAAGAAGGAGCUUGAAGAGAGCAACCAGCCGGCAUUUGUAGAGAUUGAAACUCCCUUGCUGUUCAAGUCGACACCAGAAGGUGCCCGCGAAUUUUUAGUACCGACUCGUCGGCCAGGACUGGCGUAUGCUUUGCCUCAGAGCCCUCAGCAGUACAAGCAGAUCCUCAUGGCUAGUGGUUUGCCGCGGUAUUAUCAGUUUGCGCGUUGCUUCCGUGAUGAAGAUCUUCGUGCGGAUCGGCAGCCAGAAUUUACCCAGCUGGAUCUGGAGAUGUCCUUUGCAACUGGCAACGAUGUGAUGCGUACCGUUGAGGGAGUCAUUCGUCGACUGUGGUCUACUUUGAUGAAAGACCCCGCGCCCGAAGGACCGUUCCGUCGCGUCCCGUAUCAGGAAGUCAUGGCGAAGUAUGGCUCGGACAAGCCCGACACCAGAUACGGCAUGGAAAUCAUGCGACUGGACCAUUUGCUGCCUGUUGAUCUAGUUAUGAAGAUCUCGCCGCUCACGGAACCUAUCGUUGAGGCUUUCAAACUUGAAAAUGCCAACAACAAUCCUGCAGAGACGCUCAAGUUCAUCACGGAAUUCCUUGAUUCGCCUGCGGGUGCCCCGUUCAACAAUAACCCCGAUGGAGGCCCAGGUGUGUUCGUGUUCAACGGCAAACAGCCACUCUCCGGUCUACAACCAUUUGGCUUCGAGGCUGCUGAACAGGUUGAGGAACUUCUUGACCCUGACCACGGCGACUUGAUUAUCCUUCAGGCUCGGUCUCGCGCCCCCUUCGCAGGGGGUUCAACACCGAUUGGCGACCUCCGCCGGGCUUUGCACUCCUAUGCCGUCUCCACUGGUUUCACAGACGCACCGACUGGCUUUGACUUCAUGUGGGUUGUGGACUUCCCACUCUUCUCGCCGUCUUCCGAAUCAGAGCCCGGCCAGGGUGGCGCCGCAGGCUUUUCCUCCACCCACCACCCAUUUACAGCACCUAAGACAGCCGCCGACGUAGAACUGCUCCUCACCGAUCCCACAAAAGCUCUGGCAGAUCACUACGAUCUCGUCGUGAACGGCGUUGAACUCGGCGGUGGUAGCCGUCGUAUUCACGACGCCGCCGUGCAGGAGUUCAUUUUCCGCGACAUCCUUAAAAUGCCAGCUGAACGCCUAGCAGACUUCUCACAUCUCCUCGAUGCUCUUCGCGCCGGCUGUCCGCCACACGCAGGUCUGGCGCUGGGCUUUGAUCGACUAGUUGCCGUUAUGCUGGGUAAGGAGUCUGUGCGGGAUGUUAUCGCUUUCCCGAAGACUGGCAAGGGUGGUGAUGAUGCUAUGGUGCGCGCGCCAAGUCCUAUGACUGAGGCCUCGCUGGAAACGUAUCAUCUGCAGUUGAGGAAGGUAGAGUAG